AUGUCUCUGCCUCCUCACAAAAAAGAUGACUACUAUAACCUUGAAAAGCGUCUUGCAGAAUUAAAAAAACCGGAUGAAAAUCGUGACCAAGAUACUUUGGAAGAUCUAGUUGAAAGAUUCUCAAAAGUUUUCGAUCGUCGACCUGUAAUAUCACUGAAUGUUGAAAAUAAAGGAGGGGCACAAAAGAGAUCUUAUGAAUUACCGAAGGAAAAAGAGUUAGACGAAGAAGAGAUAGAAAAUUUUUUGUUGUCCGAAGGAAACUUACUGGAUGAAAAUGAUGAUUCUUUAUUUUCAAACGAACAACAGCAAAUCCUGGAUUCCUUGGUCACGAAGUUUGUGGGGGAUGAUCUAAAUACAUCCUCGAAUUUCGAAAAUGAAGGCGAGGAAUCUUAUCUGAUACGUCAGAUCCGGGAGGAAGUUCUUCUCGAAGAAAAUUAUGAUUUAAACGAAAAAUCAAUGGAUUAUAGUGAGUUAAAGGAAAGGUUUAGAUUGUUAAAAGCCAAUUCAGAAACAGACGAUGUGGGAAUUUCUAGUAACCGAUUGGGUUCACCACCGAAGGCAAUUGGUUUUGAGGAUUUUGAAGAUGAUCCUGAUACUUGGUGUUGUAAGUGUUAUGCAUUUGUAAUGAAGAUGCAACUAUCAAAUGUAGAGGUUGUCAUGGAGAUUUGUAUUGUGAUGAAUGUUUCCAAGAAGGGCAUUCCGGCGAGAGUUCAGAUAGUGAGUUAA